UGGACUUUUAGAAUCCUAUUUGGAAACAUCAGGUCUUCUGUCGAAAUACAGUUUCAAGUAACUCCUGAACACUGCUUCGGGAAUUUAUCUCACAGUGUUCAGCAAACGUUGAUUAGAAAUGCUUUAAUUUCAGAUUUCGAUCUGAAAUAUGACCUACACAAGUAUGACAUUGAGUUUUCAAAAAAUGUUGAGAUCUGUUUGAAUAACGACAAGCAAAACACAUUCAAGCAUUACAGGUGUUGCGGCUUCAAUAGAUGGAAUGAAUAUUACUGCAAUGACCAAAGUGUCUAUUUUAAAAUUGUAUAUUUCUGUGUACCAUUCAUUAUAUCUGUCCCUAUGGCAGUGUCUAUUCUCUACCUAUUGUCAUUCAGUUACAAAUCAGUCAGGUUUGAGUUUUUUAAAGAAGCUGAUACAGUAAUAAAUGAGCUGAAGAAGCUAAAACAAAAAGCUCAAACAAGUGCACUCGGAACGAAAAACGUAAGAAAAACCCAGCUUAUGAAAAUAAAAAAUUCGACAUGGCCAUUGUUCGGUUAUUACAUCCACAAGAUGAAACAGAAACCAUUGUGGAAAACAAUCUUCUAUCCCGACCUCAACACACCAUCAAUCUUAACACUAAUAUUUGAAAGCCUUCUGUUAAAUCUUCCUUUUUUAGUGCUAUGUGCGGAAACUUUUAAUGCAAACAAUUAUAAUUGGGCUGUUGUAUAUUCUUUUGUUGUGUUAUUAUAUCUAACAGAAUCUGGAACAGAAAGCCAAGAACACACUGACAGUACUUCAGACAUUGAAUCUGGAAUAGAAAACCAAGAAAACACUGCUGGUACUUCAGACAUUGGUAAUAGUUUGAAUCUACAGAAUCGUAAACAGACUAAAAAGACAGAUUGCUCAAUUACUAUAUCCAACGAAUGUUCAGAAUCUGGAACAGAAAGCCAAGAACACACUGACAGUACUUCAGACAUUGGUAAAAGUUGA